GCACUUAUAUUGGUUUUAUUAUUUGUAGACUGUACAGGACCUCCUCCAAGACAAAAUACAGAAAUUCUGUCAGGUGCCUGGCCUGACCAAGCUUAUCCCGAAAACACUCAGGCUACGUACAAAUGCCGCCCUGGAUACAGAACUCUCGGAACUAUCAUAAGGGUCUGCAGGAAUGGGGAGUGGGUGGCCCUUAAUCCAGCCAGGAUAUGCCGGAAAAAGCCCUGUGGACAUCCUGGAGAUACUCCCUUUGGUUCUUUUGAGCUCAUGGUAGGAGAUGAGUUUGAAUAUGGUGCGAAGGUUGUUUAUAAGUGUGAUGAGGGGUAUGUAGUCAAUACAAAAGACGUUGAUAAUGAAAUAAUACAUGGGAACUGCAUAAGAUUUUAUUUUUAAGGUGACUAUUUUUCUAUGAGCAUUUAAAAAGUAACACAGUGAAAAAUUAAACUAUGGGGUAUACAUGAUUGUAUUUAGAUACCAUGUGAUCUCCUUCGCAUUGAAAUAUCAAAUGAAGCCAUAAUUACAAUAUUGUUGUCCUAUGUAUAGAAGUAAGUGUUCAUCCAACAGUUCUUUACUCCACUCUGCUACUUGCAGAAAGUUAUGAGAAUUCCAUGUGAUAGAGAUUAGGAGAACUGUAACAACUAAAUUACAUGGUAUACAAAGCAUAUUUGAAGGAUAAUGGUUGCUUGUGCAAUGAACAAAACAAUGCUUAUUUGCAAAUGAAGGAAACAAUUGUUCAUAUAGAAUUACUUGGUGGGCCUGCAGGAUUUUUUUAAAGAAGAAAAAGAGGAAGGGAUAGUGGGAAGGAAAGAGAGAGAAAUGGAGAA